UGUGAAUUUGUAAUUUAACAUGAAAGAACAUGAUGGUAUAAGAUGAUAAGUUGAUUUUAUGUAAUACUCCCCCGUUUAGGUGAGAGCAGAUUCAUUUAAACAUGAAAAAGGAACUAAAGGUCUGGAGAGGAAACCAGAGUGAAUCAAAAUCUAAAUACAUACAAAUACAUUAAGUAUACAAGAUGCAGGAAGUAGGAAUAUGAAAUGUAAGAAAAAAAACAAAAUAUGAAAGAGACAAAAGCAGAAAUAAAUCAAAACGUCUUAAACCCUGUGAGAAAAUGAAGCUGCGCUGCGAGGUUGUAACAGCUAAUUUCUAUCAAAACAGUGUAUGGAGAUGUUGGACUAAAUAAUUCAGUUUAAUCUAGUUUGUUGAUUUCAUAUAAAAUCCCCAAAAAUACCAUCUUAAUGCACUUUAGAAAAAGGAAAAACAUGUAUCUAAAUUCUAAGUCAGCUACUUGUAUGAAAUGUCCAAAAUUAGGAAAAUUUGAGGUGACAAGAAUUUCUUUCUCAACAUGAAGCUUAAUAUAUACUUUAAUAGUCUGUGUCGAUUCUGCAUGGAUUACCCAGAAACACAAACAGUUUCACUUGCUACAACUAUAACAGUACUCUCGACAAUUGGAAGCAGUGGGUCGACAAAAAAUCAGCAGGAUUUUUGUUGACCCAGCUUCCUCCUCAGCAAAAAGUGUUUAGUUCACACUCAGGAAUGAGGAAGCUCAGGAGCCCGAGUCCGUCUGGUGAAAUUACAUUUUCACUGCAUGUUUAGAACAAAGCGACUGGGAGUCAUGAUGGGACGCCACUGGAGAUUAAACAAUCUGUGCUCCGUACUUCUACUUAUUUUCUUUGGGACACGUUUCGUCUGUGCUGCAGGAGGUCAUCAACUUUGUUUUACCUAUGGAUGCUUUGACUCAAAUGACACCCAGCUCUAUGUGACAUUGGACGACGAUGAAUUGUACUAUGCAGAUGUUAAAAAUCGCACCAGUGUCUUUGACGACAAAAUAACAAGAACUAUACAAUCUAAAUAUGGAUACAAAUACGGAGAAAUAUGCCAAGGUGUGUGUUUAAAAGACAUACAUCGAUGGAAACCAGACCCAGAUGUUAGAAGGGCUAAAGAUCCACCAGAAGUGAUUAUUUACACCAAAGACGAAGUGAUUGAAGAUGUAGAGAACAGUCUUGUGUGUUUUGCCAACAACUUUUUCCCACCUGCCAUCGACAUCAGGUGGACCAAGAAUGACAAAGAGGUGGCAGWGGAAGAUCCCUUCAUCAAAACUAUUUCCAACUCUGACGGGACGUUUCAUGUCUUCUCCUACCUGAACUUUGUUCCAMAKCAAGGAGACAUUUACAGCUGCACUGUGGAACAUGAAGCCCUGGAGGAACCUAAGACCAGGUUAUGGGAUGUUGAAACAGAGGAGAUGAGUGUGGGUCCAACCAUCUUCUGUGCAUUUGGUCUGAUCCUUGGGCUUCUCGGAGUCAGUGCAGGAACUUUCUUGUUAGUGAAAGGAAACCAGUAUUUUAACACUCCAAGAUUUACUGCUUAAUGUAGCUUCCUUUUUUACUUUGUUUACGUGUAACAAAUUGUAGGUACUGUCAGGCUUUGCAAAGUUGUACCUUUGAUGCAUUAAAUUCAUUUUUCAGUGUGUAACCACUUUUGUAAAUGUUGCCAUGCCUGAGUUAUUUGGGAUUAAACUAAUACAAUAUUCUUA